GAAGGGGGAGGAGCUCCAGACCCAGUCUGGGAUGUUGCUGCUGCUCCUCUCAGUGAUGUGAAGCGACGUUGAGGAGCUGAUGAAGAGUUCCUGUCUGCGCGUGGACACAUAUUUAUAUUCAUAUUUGCAGUGGGAUAUACAGUAGCUCUGUGUGGUACGAGAGCAGUUGGAGUUGGCGUCCUGCCUGUUGAGAUGUGCCAGUAGGAAACGCUGUGAACAGGGGUUCAUGCUGAUGAAAUUGAUCUGCUCAGUGAGCUCCAACCAGAGCCAUGGGGAGUACCCAGACUGCCGCAGUGAGAGGGAGUCGGGAGGGGAGGCGUCUCUGCUGGUGUCUCCGCUGGUGGUGGCCGGGAUCGUUAUAGGCCUGGUCCUCUUCCUCUCCUGCCUCACCAUCAUCGUCGGCAGCCUGCGCAAGGACAGCCGCCUCCGAAACCCGCAUCUCUACGGACCAGAUUUUUCCUAUGGAGGGUCAGUGGGAGAACUGAGGUCGACCUGCAUAGAAGACUUCCCACCCGGUUUAGACUUCGACUCGUACAGAGAGACUCUAUCGCAGGUCAACAGCCUCUACCCGGACUCGCCCCCGCGUUACGAUGAGUGCGUUGGCUUGACUCCCAUCUACAUACCUACAGAUGACCCCCCUCCCUACUCCCUGUUCGACCCCUGCCAGCGAGGGCCAGAGCAGCAGGAGGAGGAGGAGCAGCCCUACAGCACCGGUCCGGAUCCCUCUCCGCACCGCGGGGAGACCUCAGCCAGCGCCGGCUGGUUCUCCCCCUCCCCCUCCCUCUCGCCGCUGGGUCUGUGGGAGCGGGAGCGGCAACACAUCGCAUCCAUCUCCUUCCCCCUGGAGGCGGCGCCACCUUAUGAGUCGGUGUUGGCCGAGCAGGGACACCCCCUCCCCCUCGUGCCGUGUGACCUCUAUAAACACCAGACGUCAGAGAGGGUGGUGGGGGGCGGCGGCGGCGGCGGCGGCGGCUCCCAGCAACCGGGGGCGAGCCACAUCUUGUAGGACGGUUAAUUUGUUUCCUUCACCUGCGCCGUCGGUCGUCCCCAGUUGAGGCAAGCAACACUUGUGACGCGGGGAGCAGCUGUGACACCAAACAAUGGACACUAAUGAGAUGCACACGUCUUCUCCCACACAGUCGCUAACACCUGAUGAGGCCGAACGUCGGCGCCUCAGCGGACCGACGUGCAGCCAGGACCACCCCCCCCCCCCUGCUUUCUGGACAGAAACAAAAUCUGGGUUGCGUUGAACUGUAAAGUUUCUGAAAUGACAAAACGUAACUUCCUGAAACAAAAAGGUUCGUCGUCCCACCGAUGCUCUUUCGGGACGAUGACUCCAUCCAGUGUCAACACUAUUUGUCUACUUCACGUCUUUUCCCCCAUGUUUUGAUUGUUAUUCCUUGUACGAAAUACUCACAUUUAUUCGUCAUACUGUAGUGGACAGCGAAGCCGACUUCGUAGGGUGUUUGUAGGAGAAAGACUCUUUAGCAGUGUAGUUGAAGAUAUAUACACACAAGCACACGAGAGAGCCCCCCCCCCCCCCCAUUUAUUUUAGUACGAUCCUCACCUAUCUAUACAUUUUCACGAUGUUUUUGGAAGAAGGUAUUCUUGGCUUUCUUCUGUUUCUUCGUGUUUGGUAGAAUCCUUAACAACCAGCCACGUGUAAACAUUUUCAUCUAGUCCACUGUUGCUCCAAUUGUCGUAACUCUUUUUUAUCAAGGGCUCUGGUUUAAAUAU